CGUGCGACAUUCUUCUCUCGCGGUUUCGUCCUGCCCCUGCGACGCGCAUCCCGCCCGGCUCUCUCUUCCGCUCGGAGCCCCGCUCCCAAAUCCGCCUCUCCUCGCCGCCCCCUCCGUCCCUCCCAGAUCCGCCUCGACGCAGAGCACCCCCUCCCAGAUCCUCCUCGGCCCCUCCCGUAUUCUGCUCGGAGCCCCGCUCCCAAAUCCUCUUCGCCAUUCCUUCUAUCCUGCUCGCAUUUCUCUCCCUCCUGCGGCCUCCUAUGCCAUUUUAUUUUUCUCGAGGGCGUGGGGUUCGAUCCUUGGCCACAUAGGUCGCACGGGGAGAGCUGGCACGCGGCGACCGGAGUCUGUGCGGGCGCGGCCGGCCACCAGAUCCGCUGCCGGCAGCAGGGCGUGGCCACCGGCGUCUUGUUCGGUGCGGGCAGCGGGAGCGGGCGCACGGCGGGGGCGAGGGGCGCGGCCACCGGCGCAGUCGCUUGGACACCGAGGUGGCCGCACGGCGACCGGAGUCCGCGCGGGCGCGGCCGGCCACCAGAGUCCGCUGCCGGCAGCGGGGCAUGGCCACCGGCGUCUUGUUCGGCGCGGGCAGCUGGAGCGGGCGCGCGGCUGGGGCGAGGGGCGCCACCGCGCCGCCCUCGCCGCCUCCUCCAGUCCUCGCCCUCGCCGGUCGCCGCACAUCUCAACGUAGGUACAUCGUUCUACCUCCAUGCGAUCCCACCCACAACAUUCGGCAAUCGCACCCCAUCUCCUGCGACAAUCGAUCCCUCCACCAUCGACCCUUCUCAUGCGGCAAUUGCACCCCCAUCGAGCGCCUCCUCUCCCACGCCCAUCGAGCGACAAUUCCUUCGUCUCUUCCCCACGGACGAGGCAUCAGCCCACCAGGGGAGGGAGCCACCCACCAGGCAAGGGCGCCAGCCAACGACGCCAGGCCGCUUGCCGCUAGCACGGUCAUACAAGCCUCCCGCCACCGACCACCAGGGUGCAGGCCCAUGCGCACUCUCUUGUGCUGACAACAGACCAUCAUGGCAUGGCAGCCCUACGACAGGUGCGCAAGUUUUCGUCGGGCCCUUUACCGGACCCUUGGCCGGCAAUGAGCACCCAACAGGUUGUGAAAAGAUGGGCCUGCUAGGGUGAAGAGUUUUUUAUAUAAGUUUGCAUCUCUGGGAUGGGUUCAGGCAACUUGAUCGUGAAGAAGGAGAAGCACAGCUCUUUUGAUGUGGACAUACAACUUGUAGAUGGUAAAGCAGAGCUCUUUUGUCUCUACGUGAUAAUAGUUUGUUUAGGGUGGUGAGCAUUUAUAACAAGAAAGAAAAGGAGCGCCAGCUAAUGAUAAAUGUCCUACCGGCGCACAAGCAAGCGUGCUCAAUUAGCUGCCGUUGUCGCACUAUGAGCAUGCCCAAGGGAGGCAGCGACCAGUGUGGGUGCACCGCAAUGAGUGGGUGUCUUGGCGAAAGAUGAGUGAGCAACAAAUUCACAAAGCUUAUUGCAACCAAUGUGCUCAUUGAUAUUUAUUGAUCUAUGUGUUUUUAUCUAUGAUGUUAUAGCCCAAUUCUUUUGUAGGAAUGAGAAAUCAAUGGGUGUGCGUCUGUGCGACCAGCUCUAGCUCUCACUCAUUGCGAGGUGGGGAUGGCCUAGAGGUUGCCAAUACAGAAUUAGGAGUGUUGAAGAAAACUGAAUUUCAGAUCUCCAUUCUAUCUCCUGUCAACCUUCGUGGCUCCAUCAUUGCAAACUGCGGAUCAGGUGAUUGGUGUAGGCAGAGGCUUUCCACUCCCCAGCCUCCUUCCCCAGGCCCGUCAAGAUCCAACGGUGCCCAUAGCAAUAACGCUGCCAGAUCCGGUGUGGCAUGUUCAGAUGCCCUGCUCUUAAAUUACAUGGUUUUCCUCCAGUAUGAUGUCUGCUUCCAAUUUGUAUUUAGUCAUUAAUGAUGUUUUUUCAGUUCUUGUUUGAAUAUUUUUGCUUUGCUCCUACCCAAUUUAUUCUUGCUGCCAUGUUUAAUGGUUUAUAUAACGCAAGAAUCUCUUCCAGUUUCUCUAAAAAAAAAGAAUCUCUUUCAGUGAACCAUAAAUAACUCCAGGAACUAAAUGUCAUGACCUUUAUCCCAACCAUUUUCUGAAAGCAUCGUCAAAGAAUUUUUUUUGGCCGGCUGGAAGCCCUUCGUAGAUGUUACAUGUACCCUGCAUCUUGGUGUUCAGUUUUUAUAUUUCAAAUUGUAAGGGUUAUCUAUCAGCACCUAUAUUUUUAUAUCAUUUCUUGGACAAAGCUUC